CGAGCUAACACCGCCUACCUCGGUUUCCCUGACAAACAAAGCAUGCACUCCCCAUUGUAGCUAGCCGGUAGCAUUGGCUAGUUAGCCAAAUAUUUGCGAGCCAAGAGCAUGGAAAGCGUUGAGGGAAUGGAGGUGGACGGCUGGGACUCCAGUCUGGAGGAAGAGCUGGGUGUUUCUUUGGACGAGCUGAAGAAAUGGAUUGAGGAAGCUGUGGAGAAGAGCGAGAUUGUGCAGAAGAAAAAGACUCAGUUGUCAGAACUGAAGGAAUGGGUGGAGCAGAAAGAGGAGGAGGAGGCUAGGACAGAGAAGCUUCUCCGUGAUGCCAACCAGUCUGUACUGGAGUGUGAGAAACUGGUGAAGGCAACUUACCGAAAGAACGGCCUCGUCUACCGAGAGAGCAGCUCGGAGGACGAGGGAGGCGGAGCCAUGUUGUCCUCUGAAGUCAUCGAGAUAGACGAUGACGACGACGAUGACGUUAUUGCUGUUGGCUGUUUGGUUCCGCCGAAGAAGCCUCUAACUCCAGUCAAAGAUCCAGUGGUAAAGGAAACUUCCACAGUGCUGCAGAAAACCUCCCAGCAGGUGCAAAAAUUGGUCCAAAUGGUCAGCAAGCCACCACUGAGUGCACCAUUGCUCCGUUCCCCAGUACCGCCCUCAACUCAGUCAGGUAGCCACAGCUCACCACCUGCCGUGUUUAUAUCCCAAGCAUCUCAGUCUGCAGGCCAGCCAAACCCCAACAUGCCAGAAGAUGAGCUCAGAAUCUGGAUGAGCAUUCUGGGAAAGAAGCGCACCAAGACGUGGCACAAAGGCACCCUCGUUGCUAUCAACCCAGUUGGAAAUGGUACAUUCAAGUAUAAAGUCAAGUUUGAUAAAGGCAAGAGUCUGCUUUCUGGAAAUCAUGUGGCUUUUGACUAUAACCCCACCCUGGAGAGUCUGUACGUUGGUGCUCGUGUAGUCGCCAAGUAUAAGGAUGGAAACCUGGUGUGGCUCUAUGCUGGAAUAGUAGCAGAGAUGCCCAACAACAAGAACCGCAUGAGGUUUCUGAUCUUCUUUGAUGAUGGGUAUGCUUCAUAUGUGACGCUGCCUGAGCUCUACCCAGUUUGCCGACCAUUGAGGCAUACUUGGGAGGACAUAGAGGAUGCAUCGUGUCGAGAUUUUAUCGAGGAAUACAUAACUGCAUAUCCCAGCAGGCCAAUGGUUCUCCUAAAGGUUGGCCAGAUAAUCAAGACAGAGUGGGAGGGAACGUGGUGGAAGAGCAAAGUGGAGGAGGUGGAUGGCAGCUUGGUGAAGAUCCUCUUCUUGGAUGAUAAGAGGAGUGAGUGGAUCUACAGAGGCUCCACCAGGCUGGAGCCGAUGUUCAAUCUGAAGAUGACCACAGCCAACACCCAGGAGAAGAAGCUAGCUGGCCAGCAGAGGACAAGACCUAACAUGGGGGCGUUGAGGAGCAAAGGCCCAGUAGUUCAGUACACCAGUGACGGGCAUGUUGGAGCGUCUCCGGUCAAAGCGCCACAGCCCUCGACCAGCCAGAGUUCACCAACAGCACAGCUUCAGCAGCGCCCACAGCCGCUGCAACCUCAACAAAGCCCUCAGCCCGCGCUUCCUCCACAGCCUCUGCCACAGAAUAAACAUCAGAUGGCCCGAAAGAGUACUUCUCCAUUUGUUCCUGGGGUGGGCGGCACACAUGCCUCUAAAGUCACGCAGUCUCUUGCAUCCACUAACAGCAACCUCUCAGGCGGAAGAGCGCUGAAUGCCCCAAACCCUGUGGCGCCCACGUUCACACAAACGUAUCAGAGACAAAUGACCCCGCUGACUACAGUCCCUGCUACUAUUCCCCACGCAGUGGCCCAGGUCCCACACCAGCCGGCGUAUCGCGCCCCGACCGACCGCAUCUUCUAUCUGGCGCACACAUGUCAGCCUGCCUGUCUGAAGCGCGUCCGGCCCGCAACAACAAGCAUGCACAGAGGGAAGAACCCGCUCCUCACACCUUUGCUGUAUGACUUCAGACGUAUGACGGGACGGCGCAAAGUCAACCGCAAGAUGUCUUUCCACGUCAUCUACAAGGCUCCGUGUGGACUUUGCUUGCGUAACAUGGCCGAGAUCCAGCAGUACCUCUUCCAGACGAACUGUGACUUUAUAUUCUUAGAGAUGUUUUGCCUGGACCCCUACGUGCUCGUCGAUCGUCCCUUCCAGCCACAAAGGCCCUUUUAUUACAUUCCAGACAUCACGGCAGGAAAGGAGGAUAUUCCUCUUUCCUGCGUCAAUGAGAUUGAUAACAGCUCUGCUCCUGAAGUAACUUACAGUAAAGAGCGUAUUCCUGAAGAUGGCGUGUUUAUCAACACCAGUGCAGACUUCCUUGUCGGCUGCGAUUGCACCGACGGCUGUCAGGACAAAUCCAAAUGCUCCUGCCACCAGCUGACCCUUCAGGCUACAGGUUGUACACCGGGGGGACAGAUCAACCCAAACGCAGGAUAUUCGUACAAACGAUUGGAGGAGUGCCUGCCCACAGGGAUCUAUGAGUGUAAUAAAAGAUGCAAAUGUAACGCUCAGAUGUGCACCAACCGGCUGGUGCAGCACGGCCUGCAGGUCCGUCUCCAACUCUUCAAGACCCAGAACAAAGGCUGGGGAAUCCGAUGUCUGGAUGAUGUAGCUAAAGGCUCAUUUGUGUGCAUCUAUGCUGGUAAAAUCCUGACAGAUGACUUUGCUGACAAAGAAGGUCUUGAGAUGGGUGAUGAGUAUUUUGCUAACCUGGACCACAUAGAGAGUGUGGAGAACUUUAAGGAGGGCUAUGAGAGCGAGGCUCACUGUUCAGACAGCGAGGGAAGCGGCGUGGACGUAUCCAGGAUAAAAAUCCAGCCCUCUGCUUUAGUGUCAGCUAACCCUGUGGGGCGACCAGCUAAGAAGACCCAAAGCUCGAGCUCGUCAGGCGACAGCAAUGAGGAUGAGGACAAAGAGUCUAAGAGUGAAGAUGAAAGCGACAGUUCAGAUGACACGUUUGUGAAGGACAGCUACUACAGCUCCAGCUCGGUGUGGAGGAGUUACACCACACGUGGGCAGGUCAAAGGCAACAAGGAAGGGAGUCAAGAUAGUAAAGAUGGAAUGAGCAUCUCAGCCAGAGGAACAGAUGAUGAGAAGCCACCAUCUAUGCCAGAGGAGACGGGAAAAAGCAAAGUGGCUUCCUGGCUAACGAGCCAGGGGCUUAAAAAGGAAACUGGAGAUAACAAGAGUCCAGUGAAGCCUGAAGUGGUGAAGAAGCAGGAUGUGAUGACUUUGUCUGACAGUGACGAUGUUCAGACCAUCAGCUCAGGAUCCGAUGACAACAAGGACAAAGAGAAAGCAACGCCAGGUGUGACUAAAAAGCAGGUGGCUGUGAAAUCUACUCGUGGCAUCGCCCUGAAAAACAGCCACGGGAUGAUGGUAAAAACAGGCGUGCCUGGAGGCGGAGGGCCGGGAGGAGGUAAAGGAGGACAGCAGGGGCAGUCGGGAGGAGGCGGAGACAACACUCCCACUAAAAACACCCGCCAGUUCUUUGAUGGGGAAGAGUCCUGUUACAUCAUUGAUGCCAAGUUGGAAGGAAACCUCGGACGUUAUCUGAACCACAGCUGCAGUCCGAACCUUUUCGUCCAGAAUGUGUUUGUAGACACGCAUGACUUGAGGUUUCCCUGGGUUGCCUUCUUUGCCAGCAAGAGGAUCCGGGCCGGCACAGAGCUGACCUGGGACUAUAACUACGAGGUGGGCAGCGUGGAGGGUAAGGUCCUGCUCUGCUGCUGCGGCUCCACCGAGUGCCGAGGAAGACUGCUGUGAUCCACAGGGACCUCCAUUACCUGUAGUAAAACUAAGGAACCCUCUCAACAAUGUACCCCAAGUUUUAUUUGUUCCUUUUUUUGGAGGGGUUUGAGUUUCUUUUUGUUUUUUGUUUUUUUUUGUUUUUUUGUUUUUAAUUCAAAUUUUACAUUUUAUUACUACUGCCUUGAUUUUAUUUUUCCUCUACAUCUCAAUAAAAUGUCCUCUCUUUGAAACUCACCAAAGGUCCUGAAUUGAAACAAACCCUUCACAAUAAAAUAACUGUAUUAUGA